GCGGCGCGGGGGCGCUGCCCGGCCGUGCCCGCCGCUUUCCCCGGAGCGCGGCCAUGGCGGGCGCGGCGCGGAGCGGGGGCAGCGCCGUGUGCCGCUCCCGGGACCCCGCCGUGUACCGCUCCCGGGACCCCAUCCGCAACCUGCGCCUACGGGUCCGCAUCAAGCGGGUUUCGCCGGCCGGGCCUCUCCUGCCGCGGGCGCCGCCGCUCGCCGAGCCCCCGGGCCGGGCCGACGGUGCGGAAGCGCUGCCGCUGCGGGUUACCGCGGGCAACCAAAGAGCCCCGGAGGACGAGGAGGAGGUGGCCGAGGUGGGGUGGCAGGAGAAGCUCUUCAGCCAGUUUGAGGUGGAUCUAUACCUGAAUGAGUCAGCCUGCCAGACUCCCCUGGACUGGCAGUACCGUGAGGAGAUCCAGAAACUGGAGAAGGCUGGAGGUCGGAAGAACUGUCGCAUCUUCACCUACACUGACCACGACCGAUUCACCAACCUGGAGGAGCUCUGCCAGAAGGUGACUGACUUGGAUCAUGAAGUGCCAUCCUAUCUGGUCGAGAGGAUGGCCAAUGUGAGGAGGAGAAGACAGGACCGUAGGCCUGUAGAAGCAAGUACCCUGAAGUCAAAAAUCAUCACCUGGGAGCCUUCAGAAGAAUUUAUAAAGAACAAUCAUGUAAUUAACACACCUGUCCAGACCAUGUACAUCAUGGGGGACUUGGGACCUUAUGGGAAGCUUGGUCGCAGGGAGUAUGAGAAUGUGCUUUGCACAAUCAAGGUGGAUGGCAAUGGGGUGAUCACAGUGAAGCCUGACUUCACUGGCACCAAAGGAGCCUACCGGAUCGAGCUGGAUGGAGAGAAGCGAGAGGUGUGGGAAUACACUAUUGAGAAUGCAUCUGCACAGGUGCAGCCAGAGGAGGAGGAGCGUGAGCAGCGUGUGUUCAGAGAUCUGUACGGGCGGCACAAGGAUUACCUCAGUGGGCUCGUGGGCACAGACUUUGAAAUGCCGCUUCCUGGUACUCUGAGACUUUUCGUGAAUGGAGAAAUAGUUUCAGCUCAAGGCUAUGAAUAUGACAACCUUUAUGUGCAUUUCUUCCUGGAGCUGCCUAACCAGUGGUCAAGCCCCCCGUUCCAGCAGCUCUCAGGAGUGACUCAGACCUGUGCCACCAAGACAGUGGGCUGGGGUAAUGUGGCAUACUUCUGCUACCCCUUCACUGUGGAGAUGUUCUACACCCAAGAAGAUGAAGACAGUCUCCCUGAGUGGCCUGUUCUCUACUUUGAGGUCCUGUCCCUGGAUUUCUGGCAGAGGUAUCGUGUGGAAGGAUAUGGGUCCUUGGUGCUGCCAGCAUAUCCAGGUGUCCACACGCUCACCAUCCCCACCUGGCGUCCUGUGGAGCUGGGAACUGUUGCUGAAAUGAGGAGGUUUUUCAUUGGGGGAUCUCCUGAGCUGGAGGACUUAACCUACAUCCGGAUCCCAUCGACCUUCAAGGGAAAGCGCUUGAGCCGCUUUGGUUUCCGGACAGAGACCACAGGGAGCGUCACGUUCCGGCUCUGCUGCUUGCAGCAGUCCAAAGCCUUUCUGGAGAGCAGUGCCCUGAGGCAGCGCAUGCAAAGUGUCCUGGACCGACUGGGAGGCUUCAGCCAGCAGAGCUCUGUCUACAAUGUUUUGGAGGCUUUCCAGCGGGCGCGGCGCCGGAUGCAGGAAGCUCGGGAGAGUCUUCCCCAGGACCUCAUCAACACUUCUGCCUCUGCUGUGCCCCAGCCACUGCAGCCCUGAGUGUCACCUCUGCUGCUCGGAGCCCCUGGCGUCCUCCCUCCAGCACAAGCUCCCACCCCUCAGCAGGAGUCCCAGUGCUGGCACCUGGGACCUUCAGAAGCCCUUCCUUGGUUGUUUUCCUUGGAUGGGGAAGGGAGCUUGUAGCACCUCCAGACCCAGGAUUUGCAUUUCCACAAGUAUCUGUGGAAGGAACUCUGUUUUUCAAGGCUGUUUCUUACCAGGCUCUAGCAAUACAGCAAAUUUUUCUCAUUUCUUCUGAAAUACUGACAUGGAACCUGUGAACCCUGUAAUACCUUUUCAGGGAUUGAAAAGGAAAUAAUGAGAAAAAUCAACCUGACUUGGUAAAUUUAGUUUUCUUCUUAGAGAAGAGGAUGAUGUUGAAGGUCAAGGAAUGGAUGCUGUUUCAGAUUAAUGGAAUAAGUAGUAACUUCUUGAGAAAUGCUGAUAAUUGUUGUUAGCUGAUAAUUGUUGUGUACAGGGCAAUCAGUAGUAAAAUUAAUCCAUCCACCUCUA